UCUCUCCUGCGCGAAACAAAAGAGAGAGAGAGAGAGAGAGAGAGAAAGAGAGGGGGUUUCGACACAAACACAGAGAGGAGAGUUUGGGUCUACUUUGUAAAAUCUCUCUCUAUCUGCACUUAAUCAUUUCUUGUUUCUCUCCCACUCUCACGACUUCAAGAAAUAAAAACCCAAAUCUCUCUUGCAUAGAUCUGAUCCUCUUUAAGCUCAAAUUCGUUUAACCCUUGUCCAAAGAUCCUACCUUUUUUAGCUAAUCUCUUCCUCCUGGCAAGAUUGUGCAUCUGCAUUCGAUAGACUCUGAUGCUGCAUGCAGUUCCCAAGACCCUUUCAGAUUGCAUGUUCCACAUGAACUCGACCUCAGUAAAAAGGGUUACUUUCGCCUCCUCGAUUUGAUAAUCUCUUCGCCAUUUUAGUCAAAUUGAGAUUAAAAGUUAAUGGAUUCUCAGAGGGAACCUAAAUCUCAUUCCUUGAAUAGGCAAGGAGGCUCCUCUCUUUACAGCUUAACACUCGACGAGGUCCAAACCCAUUUAGGGGGCUCUGGUAAAGCCCUCGGAAGCAUGAACCUUGACGAGCUUCUCAAGAGUGUCUGUUCCGUGGAUGUGAACGGUGCUGCUGCAGCAGCAGCAGAUACUACUCAGGAGGGUGGUGGUCUCUCUCGUCAGGGGAGUUUGACUCUGCCGCGGGAUCUCAGCAAGAAGACCGUCGAGCAGGUCUGGAAAGACAUUCAGCAGAACGCUAACGGAAGCAGUGGUGGUGCGAAUGAGAGGAGAGGUAAUAAUAAGGAGCCUACGCUAGGUGAAAUGACGCUUGAGGAUUUGUUGUUGAAAGCAGGAGUUGUGACUGAGACAGUUACUGGUGGAGGUGGAGGUGGAGGUGGAGGUUUAGGGCAGAACAUACCUCAGGCUGGUCCGUGGGUUCAGUAUCAUCAGCUUCCUUCGAUGCCGCAGGGGCAGUCUUUUAUGCCGUAUCCGGUUGCUGACAUGCAAGCGAUGGUGUCUCAGACGUCUCUGAUGGGCGGUUUGUCUGAUACGCAGACUCCGGGGAGGAAGAGGGUGGCAUCAGGAGAGGUUGUGGAGAAGACUGUUGAGAGGAAGCAGAAGAGGAUGAUAAAGAAUAGAGAGUCUGCUGCUCGUUCUCGUGCUAGGAAACAGGCUUACACUCAGGAGCUAGAGAUCAAAGUUUCACGGUUAGAAGAAGAAAACGAAAGACUCAGGAGGCAAAAGGAGGUAGAGAAGAUCCUACCAAGUGCACCACCUCCUGAUCCCAAGCGGCAGCUCAGACGAACAAGCUCAGCUCCUUUCUGAUCUCAAAACUAUGGUUUUUUGUUUUUUUGUUUUCGUUCUGUGCCAGUUUGCUUAUAAAAAAAAAAGAGAGGAAGACAGCUUUUGUUUGUUUGUACAUUCGGUAGACUUUCUUUUGUCUUGGAGCAAUUCUGAUAACUUUCUUGAAAACAUUACAAGUUAUUUUAGUAGCAACAGCAUUCGUUUUGUUGAGUGUUAA